AUGUCUUUUACCAACAAUUUUCUACGCCUUCUUGGCCUCACAGGAGCUGCAUACGCAGCAUGUUCCAACCUUCUGAUUGACAACUUUUCGAGAUCAUCCCCUUCCGGCCUGAAUAGCUUGAGUUCAUGGACUAGUGAUGAUGGCUCCAUGAAAAACAUCGUUGUCGCCAGCGGAGUACUUUCAUUCACCCCCAAGGCAGACCCCCCGUCGUACUUUUACGAAACUCUUGGUUGUUAUAAAGCAGCUUCUGGCGGUUACAAGGCACUGUCUCUGACUGUCAAGGGGCCCAAAGGUGCUUCAUUCAUGGUGGAGAUUCAAAGCAAACAGGCCUGUACCGAUAAAGAGUAUAAAAGCCAGUGGGUUGCCGUUUCUGGCCUGACGGGCUCGUCACAGACUAUCAGCAUUGCUCUCUCAUCGUUCGCUGGUGCCAGCUUGGACGGCAUUGUGGGCUUUGCCUGGUCUACUUACACCCAGAUCUCCGACUACCAUUUCAGCAACAUUCAGCUCACUUGCAAUGAAGCCACGAACUCAUCCCCCUCUUCGACUGCUUCCACAGGAAUCUCUAUUUCAGCUCCACAGUCUGUUCCAAUCUCUUCCAGCACGUCCUUAUCGACAUCACAAGCUCGCUCCACUUCGUCUCCUUCUACUACAUCGAUCUCACAAGGCCGCACUUCUGCAGGCUCGUCAACCUUAACCGCCUCCUCCAGGACAUCGUCCCUCUCUGGCAGUGGCAGUCGCUCGCAGACCGUGUCUGGCUCGGUCACGGCUCAGUCAUCACCAGGCUCGUCAAGUUGCAGCAACCUUCUCAUCGAUGAUUGGGAGUCUCAGUCACGUUUGACCUUCCUCUUUUACAACGCUAUGUUGCAGCCAAGCAGCGACGAUGGGACUAUGACCAAAAUAGAGGUUGCCAGCAAUAGGGUCAAAUUGACUCCCAACAACAAGAAUUCUUACUUCUACAGUAAGACUGCGUGCACAAAUAUACAGGCGAAGGGGUACGGCGGCAUUUCCCUACGUAUCAAGGCCAGUAGAGGGACAACAUUUGGUGUCCAGCUGGCUUCGUCGACAACGUGCGGCGGCGAGGAUACGGCCUUCGGCUUCCAGACUACCAGUGAACUUGGUUGGGCUUUUGACGGUACCGAGAAGCUGUACAGCCUGCCUUUCUCCAAGUUUACCACGAUCGACCUAUCCAAGGUGUCCUCUAUCUUGUUCACCACGCUCCCUGAACCUGUGCAGUUCGGACCUAUGUCUUUUUACUGCGGUACCGUCCCAUCUGAGUAUGUCGUCAAGACGCCGCCGUCGGCCACUGCAACAGCCUCGACCGUUGCCGCGCCCAGUAGCACAGCAGCAGCCAAACUUAUUGAUGACUUUUCAGCCAAGGAGCAGAAUUCUCUAGGGCAAUGGCAUGGUGGCGAUAACGAAGACGCAGUCAAGUGGGUUAAGGGCAAGGUGACUAUACAGGCGCCAGAUGCCGAUUUCGCCUACUACACUCAGUUCGAGAAUUCAUGUGCCGACUUGACCAGUUACGAUGGUUCUUACCUGCACAUUGCUUACACGGGGAGCAACAAAUUCACCAUCGCGAUGCAGCAGCAUAACUCACAGUGUAACGAUGCCAUUGCACCAUUCCCUGAGACUUGGGACUCGCUCGAAGCGGCGCGUUAUGCUACUGGGAACCAGAUCUACAUUCCCAUGUCACACUUUAACAUUGUGCGGAAGCGUGCGGUUGGCUUGGCCUUCAAGGGUUUCUACACAAACGAGGCUGUCACGUUGACUAAGAUCGAGAUUGUCUCAUCUGUGCCAAAGGACGUCCACAUCCCGACAAAGAUGCCUUCUGGCAACCUUGUCUUCGCCUGCAAGCGUCCCAAUUCGAUUGCGUUCGCCAUUGACGAUGGUGACCCAACCUACGCUCAAGAAGUCAUGGAGAUUAUAAGAUCUGAGAACAUCAAGGUCACAUUCUUCACUGUCGGCGCGCCCCUUAGAGACCCCAGCACAAAUCUGAGCAACAUUUACCAGGAUAUGAUGACGCAAGGUCACCAGAUGGCUCUCCACAGCUACACGCAUCCCAGGAUGGAGGGUCUUCCGAACAAUGAGGCUAUUGCUUGGGAAUACACUCAGGACAUAGACGCUGUAUCAGACAUGUUCAAUGGUCUCAAAACCAAGUACUUCCGUCCGCCUUUUGGCAACGAAGGCGCUCGUAUGCGCCAGCAGCUGGUUUCGACAACGGGUAAGAGUGACGCAUACAUCGUCAACUGGAACAUCGACGUUGAGGAUUGGCUCUGGGCCACUUCUUCAACACCCGAGAAGCAGCUAGAGGCUUUCCAGCGCGACCUGAACAAGGGGGGCAGUCUUGUCGUCAUGCAUUACUUGUACCCUAGUACCGUCAAGUACCUGAGACAGUUCAUUCAGAUGGCCAAGAAGACGAACAAGCAGCUUAUGCGGGUUGAUCAGUGUAUGGAGGAUCCUGAGGCACCCGCACUGUAG